GGAGGGAGACAAAAUGGCGGCUGGGAGGGGAAGGAAGAAGGGGAUGGGUGGCUCCAAGGGAAGUCCUGGAAGACUUCAUAUUUGCAGGAGGAGUAGGUCAUACCCCCAGAGGAAAGGAUCCAAAUUCAAGAUAAUAUUAGAUUAAGGAAGCUGGGCCAAAGCUAACACAGAGAAGUGUAAGGGACUGCACUUAGGGCAGAGAAAAUGAAAUGCAUAGAUAUAGAAGGGAAUUGAACUGGAUGACCCAUGAUGUGUCUUCCACCUCUUUAUGAUUCUAUGUGUGAAAGAGAUCUAGGGCCCUAGUAGACCACAAGUUGGAACAUGAGCCAAGAGUGUGAUGCAGCAGCUAAAAAGGCCAAUGCGAUUCUAGGCUGCACCAGUAGAAGUAUAGUCUCCAGUUGCUCAUCUAUAGAAGGACCUGUCAUUCCAUUAUCACCACGCUUUCCUAGAUGCCCACUCCAGGUGUAUAAUCUGUUUACCAAAUCAGCCUUCCUAUGUGUGUGUUGACUUCCUCGAAGAAUUCUGAUAAGAUAGGCGCCUUAAAGGAUUUUAUUCCUCACAGUAAUCUCACAGUAAUUCCAGAGACCAGAGGAAACAUCCUACAUUAUAUAAAAUUCCUGUUUGACCCCAGCUCCCUUCUGAUGUGAGAAUUCACCAGCAGACAGACAGGCAUCUGGUGAGAGAGAUGGGAUCUCAAUAGUCCACUGCUAAUUCCACCUCCCCAUGCCCCUGACCUCAGACCUCACGCGCUAGUGCACAGACAACUGAGGUGGACAAAGCUGAAAGAGAUGGUUCUGCCCCGCAGCUUCAUUCAGCCUGGUCUCUGUAAUUCAAGACAAGUCAGUGUGUUCAUUCAAGAUCACAUCCUGAAUCAAGAAAGCAGAACUCUUGUUUUCUCUGCAUGAGGUGAGAAAAGAAGAUGAGUAUUGGAAUUGAUAAAUCAUCCAGUGAAAUGACUGACAAUGUUACCACAUUUAAUAUUGAUGCCCCCCGCUGGGACCAGAACACCUUUAUAGGACGCAUAAAACACUUUUUCAACAUCACAGAUCCGAGAACGCUUCUGGUGUCGGAGCAUGAGCUGGAUUCAGCAAAGGCGUUGGUGGAGAGUUGCAGGACAGGCACAGUGCCCCCAGGAACUAGUGUGGAGCAGCUUUUCUAUGCCAAGAAGCUUUAUGACUCAGCUUUCCACCCUGAUUCAGGGGAAAAGAUGAACUUAAUAGGGAGAAUGUCAUUUCAAGUCCCUGGAGGAAUGGCUAUCACUGGAUUCAUGAUGCAGUUUUACAGGACAGUCCCAGCUGUAGUUUUCUGGCAAUGGGUGAAUCAGUCUUUCAAUGCCAUUGUGAACUACACCAACCGGAAUGCUGCCAGCCCCAUCUCCCUCAAGCAAAUUGGAGUGGCUUAUCUCACUGCUACCAGCACUGCCCUGGUUACUGCUGUGGGACUCAACCUUUACACCAAGAGAGCCCCAACCCUUGUGGCACGCUGGGUCCCCUUUGCUGCAGUAGCUGCUGCUAAUUGUGUGAAUAUCCCCUUGAUGAGGCAGCAGGAACUCAUUAAUGGAGUCACAGUGACAGAUGAGAAUGUCAACGAUUUGGGCACAUCUAGAAGAGCUGCAAUCAAGGGGAUAACCCAAGUGGUGGUUUCCCGUAUUGCCAUGGCUGCUCCUGGCAUGAUUGUGUUGCCUAUCAUCAUGGAGAGACUAGAAAAAUACCCUUUCAUAAAGAAAAUCCAGGUUCUCCAUGCUCCACUGCAAACAGUACUUGUUGGAGGGUUCCUUUUGUUCAUGGUCCCAAUUGCCUGUGCACUUUUCCCUCAAAGGAGCUCAAUUGCCCUUUUGCACCUGGAGCCUGAUCUGAGAGAGUCAAUUGUGGCCAAAUAUGGGGACAAAGUGUCUCAUGUUUAUUUUAACAAGGGAUUAUAAGGAAGAACCAUCUGAACUUGUUGCAUUAUCCCACCUUGGAAUCCUUUCUAUGGAGAAGCACCUGAGAGGGUGUGGCUAGGAAAGAAGCUCAAAAACCGCCAAAAAGAGGAUCAGGCUACCUUUCUUUCUCUACUCCCAAUGUUUAGGGAGGCAGUUGUGUAGAUGAGCACACUUGGGUUCUGUAAGGGUUUACUUUGCAUGAUCUUCUUGUGACCUGCACCUGUACUAGGAAAUGGAUUUGGACUUUAGUAUAAGGUUGUAGUUAACAUCUGAUUGUUGGUAAAAGGAAGUAGAGUCUUCUGUCUGUUUCCACUAGUGAUCAGAAUUGGAAUUAAACCUUACAAUUGUCCUGGUCCUGUUCAACAGUGUUCCUCUCUCUUCUGGGAGUGACAUUCCAGUGUCCCUGCCUGACCUAAAAAAAAACCUUUACAGUGAUUUUUGAAGGAACAGACAAAAGCUCUCUCCAUACUUGCCAUAUUCUGAAAAUUCAAAAGAGGAAGACUUAAGCUUCAAUCAUGUACAGUUUUACAUAAGAGAAAGAUUGACUGAACUCAGUAGGGCUUACUUCUGAAUAAACAUGACUAGAAUUUCCCUAUUUAGCCCUGACAGUGACUCUUCCUAUCCUACAUCACUCAUAUCGAAAGUGCCAUAUACUUGAUUGCUUGUUUGAAAACACGUUUAAAGAACAAAAGAAGAGUCUAGAUGGAUUAGAUCAUAGGUCCAUCUAGUACAGCAUCCUGUUUCCUAUCUACAGUACUCAAUAAGAUCCCUAUUAAGGUGGAGAUGAAGGCACUAGUCCUCUCCUGCUGUUACUCCUGGUAGCUGUUACUUGGUGGUACAAAGCUUUCAAAACCUAAAGGCUGCAAAGGCCUCUUAAACACUGAUAGACUUAACCUUUGUUAGUUUCUCUGAUUCUCUUUUAAAGCCAUUAAAAGUAGUGCCCUUUACCACUUCUAGACUAGCAGAGCCCCAUAAGUUUUCACAUUGUGUGAAUGGAAGGACCUCCUCCUCUUUGUCCUGACUCUUUUACCUAUAGGUUUCAUCGGACAACCUUACAUAUUUGUAUUUUUCAUGAAACAGGAAGAAAUCUCUCCUCAUGUGCCUCUUAGAAAGGAGAAUAUACAAAUUAAGACACUGAAAUAUUGGAAGAGUCAAAAUGCAGAAUUUUAGAUGUUUAGCUUUCUGAGCCUUGGCCCGGAAGGACAAAACUAUUUGGAUUUCUGAUGAUUUUAAAAUCUUAAAAACUUUCCAUCCAAUUUUGGAAAAUUCAUACCAAAUGCAAACUGCAAUUAAAUUCUCACCUUUCCACAUAAAAGGGCAGUAACCAAAUGUAUGUAAGUUAGGACUGCUACUAGCAAUUGCCCAUGAUGGUUGAAUAGAAUCCUACAUACUUGAAGAGUUAUUCUUUUUUAUAUGACAACUCUCACAACUCCCCAUACCCAUGCUGGAUCAGGGACGUAGCUAGGAUUUUAGGAAGGGGGGGGGGGUCCAGACUAAGUGCCACCAUUAUAAUGGGGCUGGGGUGCAGCGGUGCAGCAGCACACACCAUUCAUUUUUCUAAUGGAAGGGGGGGGUCUGGACCCCAAGAACCCCACCCCCCCUUGGCUACGUCCCUGGCUGGAUGCAGGAUUCUCACCAAAAAAAAAAUGUUCAAAGUGCCGAUUUUACAAUAUUCCUAGCAAGAAUGAGUUCUUCCUCUGGAAUCUUCCUUCACCCUCCUAUCCAUUCAUUAUCUGCCCCAAAUACUGUCUGUCUAGAUUCUAUGCAACUGUGGGACUGCCAGCUAAAUGCUAUGUUUCUCUUGCCUCUCUUAAGACAAUCUCUGCCAAACUCCCAUCACCCCAUGUGUCUUAGUUUGUCCUGGAUAUGGAAUCAUCAAAUAUAUAUGAAAUUGAGUAUUCAGUUUUAAUGCUGGAUACCCCUGACAAAAGCUCUGUCACAGUCAUAUUGAUUUGCUUGUUUGUUUUCAGAAGGACCAACUUCCUCUACUGAUCAUUCAACAAUUGCAUAAAGUUGGUGUCAUAGACUGAGGUGCUGUUGGUUGCCAUAAGUGUUCUGGUGUAAUUAAAGGGAAUAACAGAAAGUGUAAAAGGGUUACAGGUGCAGCAGUGGUAGGAAAGGGCAGAGAACAUUUUUGCUGCCCAGAGAGAAGGCUGCCAAAAUCUUGAACAGCCUGUUUUCUCAAAGUGAGUCCUCAGUUAAAAGCACUCCAGAAUGGUUGCCUAGGAAAAUUGCUUGUCUUGCACAAUGCUUUGAGCUUUGAGGACCUAACUGGAAGGCAGGCAUUUAGGAAACGAUGUUCAACCCAGCCAUUUUCCCUCUAGACAGCAACUGAGAAAACUCUGCCUUCCCGCUGUUGCUAUUGUGCAGCCCUGAAAAUAAAAGUACUGCACUGGUAUAAUGAAAUGGUAACAACAGCCUACAGUAUCAAAUAGAUAUCAGCCUGUCUUUCUCUGCCCCUGUAGCCUAGGGAACCCCAUGCCCUCCAGAUGAUGCUGGAUUCCAAUCCCCAUCAGCCUCAGCCAUCCUGACCAUUUUGAGGAAUAAUGGGAGUAGUUUUUUAUCAGUACAUGGAGAGCCACAGAUUCCCCAGUCCUGCUUUAAGCAGUGGCUACAAAAUGUCAUGGGACAAACAUAUUUUCCUAACUGAAGACAAAUCAGUGAAGGAAAUGGGAAUGCAUUCCAAAUUCCAUGGCAGGACAUGCUUUUCUGUGUGUGGAUAGGAGAAAGAAAUUAAAAGGGAAACUUUUUUUCUCCCUGGAAAGUAAGAAUCUUAAUUUCUAGCCUUAUGUUGAAUUCACUAGGUGCCCUUAGACAAUCCAUAGUUCUCAGGUUUAGUGGCCUGGGCACAAUACUGGCCUACCUCACAAAUGUGUUGCAAUGUUUGGUGAUAAAAUGAAAUGUGAAAUUAUUGUACACUAGAAAUAUGCUGUGUUAAUGCUAACUAUUGUCAGUGUGUCAUCAAGGUCUUACAUACAAGAAGCCAAAUACUUAAAGAGUGUAGAGAAGAGAGAUACUGUACAGAAUCGGAUUAAGCUGGCCUUUCUCCAUUGGUGCUAUUGCAAAGGUGCUCUUUGAUAAACAUAGAUUGGUUUUUGGUGAGAGUCUAUUUCUUGCUAGUAAUUAUUCAUUGAAGCCUCUGCUUUGCCUUUGGAUGAAGCUGUGGUAAUUCGCUACAGAAACCUAUUGGGUUUUUUAAACUCCUUUUUUUAGUUAAAAUAUGUUAAUUUUGUAGCCAAACUCCAGGCAUAUGAUGAUUGCUCCUUUUAUUGGUGCUUGUGAAAGUAAGCUGUAUGGGAUAGCAAAUACUGGAAGAUAUUGUACUCAAUCAGAUUUGGCUAUAAUCAACCAGUGACCUGUGUUGUUGAUCUGAAAAGUAAAGCUAAUGAUAAUAAGCCUGCCUGUGAGAAGCUUGGUUAAAUGUAGGGAAAGAAGACAAAAUAAAAUACUGAUUUUAUGAA